UACACUGCUCCUUCACAGCAGUCGUGCUACAAGUUGAUGUUUGUAUCAGAUUCACAACUGAUGUAAACAUGAGUUUUAACGCUAGCAACUUUCUUUACUCAUCCUCUUCACUCAAUGGGGGGUCCUACAGCUCACCAAGUACACAUGGACUGGAUGGUGGCAGCCGGGUCUCUUACUCUAAAACUUGGUCACUGUCCUCCUCGGGUUCGGGGGGAUGUGACUACUCAAAGGAUUACAGUGAAAGCGUUCUUUCCCAUAAUGGCAAAGAGACCAUGCAGAACUUAAAUGACCGUCUAGCCUCCUACCUGGAGAAGGUGCACUCUUUGGAAAAUGCCAACACAGAGCUUGAAAAUAAGAUCCAAGGUUGGCAUAAAAACAGGACAACGAACAAUAAAAAGGACUACAGUCGGUACGAACAGGCCAUCAAAGACCUCCAAACUCAGCUUAUCAACGAACAUGUACAUGGAGCCAAGAUAACACUACAGGUGGAGAACGCCAAGCUUGCUUCUGACGACUUCAAACGCAAGUUUGAGACAGAGAAAGCUGUCCGUACCACAAUGGAGAGAGAUUUGGAGGGUCUGCGUAAAGUGAUGGAUGAUCUCACCAUUGUGAGGACCGAUCUGGAGAUGGAAGUUGAAGGAAUGAGGAAAGAGCUCAUUUAUAUGAGAAAGAGCCAUGAAGAGGACAUGAAGAUAGCUCAAGGACAGAAGAGAAGUUCAUCAGUCAACGUGGAGGUUGAUGCUGCCCCAGCAUCGGAUCUCAGCAAAAUUAUUGGUGAUAUGAGGAAAGAAUUUGAAGCCAUUAUUGAAAAGAACCGCCAGGAAGUUGCAGAGUCAUACAAACAACAGUCAACAACUGUAGCUCAAGAGGUAAACAUGAACACUGAAGCUUUGCAAGCUAACAGGAAUCAGAUUAAAGACCUAAAACGUUCACUACAAACCUUGGAGAUUGACUUACAAGCAGAAAUCAGUAAGAAAAAUGCGCUUGAAAUCACACUAAAUGAUACCCAGACUCAUUCCUCAGACCAGCUCCAGAAUAUCCAGACAAUUAUAUGCCAGGUGGAGGCUGAAUUGAGCAAAGUGAGGAAUGAUAUCGAACGACAGAGCAGUGAAUAUAAAAUACUUCUUGAUAUCAAGAGCCGUUUGGAGAACGAGAUUGCUACCUACCGAAAACUAAUAGAAGGCAAAAACAGGUAUGUAGAGACACAGAUACAUCGGAAGGUUAGAACAAUAGUGCGAGAUGUUGUAAAUGGAAGAGUGGUCUCCACCACAAUGUCUGAGAUACCUAAGAAGCUGUGAUUGCGAUGAUGAUGAUGAUCCUAAACAGAAUUGGAAAAGUGAAGAUGUGGCAUGCUUCAUAUCGCAAUCUGGCGAUGAAUAACGUUUACAUGUGCCAAUAUUUAUCACUAAUGUACAGUUGGAUGAUUUAUGAGUUUUCACACUUUUAACGACAUAUUUAUUAAGGAAGUUCAAGGGAAGCUAAGUCAGCGCAGUUAUUACAGUCAAUGCUUUUCUGAUAUUGUUAUAAAUGAGAAUAGUUUAUGUGUCAGCGUCAUUCAUACAUUGACACAAAGUGUUAGACAAUAACUCUGAAAAUGUGAUUGUCAAAAAUACUGUGAUGCCAUUCAAACUUGAGACAAUGAACAAGUCAUCAGAGAACUCUAUCAGUAUACAGGUAGAUACUUAGUAUUUAUGGCAAGGUAGGAAAGUAUUACUUUUACAUAAAACAUGAAAAUACACCAUUACACAAUUACAGCUUCCAUCUACAGCUGAAUUAGCUAACUUUGAACUUAUGUGACAUGUUUGUUGUUUUUUUUUUCUUUUCUGUCUCUUAUCUUAUUUACAUUACUGGCUAUUAUUUAACAUUCAUGGAUAUGGGGAUACCUGGAAACCUAUUUCAUAUACUGUAUGAGGGAGGGACGGGCAAAUGUGAGCUGCUCAACUAUAACAGUUGGAGAAUAUUAAAAAAAAAAAUGGGUUUUCCAUUAGUUUCUUAUCGGUUUUGUUUCUUUGUUUGUUUGUUUUUGUGGAGCUAAAUGCCACUCUCCCAACUUGAAGAUGAACAUCAGUAAUUAGAUGCCAAGACUCCAAGAGUGACUUCAUGAUUAAUCAGGUGUGGAUGUGUGUCAUGGAUUCAUUAUGUAUUUAAUUUCCAAAGGUAUAAUAUUUUUUUCAUAUUGUGAUAUUAAGAUAAUGAUUCCCAACCAAGAUAGAACAGAAUUACAUAAUAGUUUUAGGGAAAAAAAACCUUUCAAUGUAGUAUCAGUAACACUUUGUACCGUGGGACCCAGCUGCCAGUGUGACCAGUUGCAACACCCAUAUUUUUAUGCAGUAUACAUUUAAACCUCUGCCAUUGAAAAUGAGCAUUUUAGACAUUACCAAUAUAUAGUUUGUUAAGAUACUGAUUUUAAUAUUUAUGAACACAGUAUCAUUAAUCUUGUCGGAGGUCAGAGCUUGGGUUAGGGGCUUAAGAUUAUGGGAGAGUUAAGGUUAGGAAACCAUUAUGACAUUGAUAAGAAAACACAUACAACAUCCAUGACACACAUCUACAUCUGACUCGUAAUGAGGGGUUGAGGGGGCUUAGCAUUAAGGUAGCUUAGUAGGUACAUACCUAAAGACUUACAAUAAUUACAGACUGCAGCUCCCUGAACGAAGGAAUGCCCCAACCCCAGAUCCUCUUUAAAGGACCACUGUAGUGCCAGGAAAACAUACUCAUUUUCUUGGCUCUAUAUGGUCCUUGGGUUCCCCUCACCCUCAGGGCCCCCUCCCGCCGGGCUCUAGGGGGAGGAAGGGGUUAAUCCCUUACCUUUUUUCCAGCGCCGGGUUCCCUCGGUGCUGGAGACUUUCCUCCUCCUUUCCUGUCAUCGGCUGAAUGCGCAUGCGCGGCACGAGCCGUGCGCGCAUUCAGCCAGUCUCAUAGGAAAGCAUUCUCAAUGCUUUCCUAUGGACGCUGGCGUCUUCUCUGAAACAGCUAUAUUUACAGCAGAAAGGGUUAAAACUAGAGGGACAUUGCACCCAGACCACUUCAUUAAGCGGAAUUGGUCUGGGUGCCUAUAGUGGUCCUUUAAUCCCGUAUGGGUACAAUACAGUACAAUGCACAUCCUUUUUCAGGGCAACCUCUUAUUUACAUCUGUUAAAUAAUACAUUAUCAUUAUCAUCUUCUUAUAUUAUUUUCUUAUAUAACAGCAACAUUUUAGCUAGAUUUUCUAAUGUAGAGAUUUUUAAAGUGAAUUUCAGGCAUCCCAUACAAUGUCCAAAUCUUGAUGAUCUUAUUUCUGACAAAUAACCAAAGAUGUAUUUUUUUACCUGUUUUCCCCAUACCCUUUUAAUUUUUAAGCCAAGGGACAAAUGUUUACUAUUUAUGUUUAUUGUAUUAAAGUAUCUAUCUAGACAAAGAAUGAGGUUUUUCAUUGGCUAGAAAGCCAGACAGAUAUUAUACAUUUAUACAUCCAAGUUGAUAAAAAUGUGAACUAGCAGGAUAUUCUUUUAAAAUGGUUAUAUAUAAUGGGAAAGUGGUAUUUGUGUUUGGGAACCAAAUAACCAAAUAUAUAUUAGAUAAUACAUAUCUAUAACACAUACUAACAUUCAUAUGAUCAAAUUUUAGAGUUGAACAAAGAUCGAUUGCUAGGUUUUAACUUGAGUGGGAAUAUUUGUUGGGAAUAUUUAUAGAGAUGAUCAUUAGCGGUUUGUGUAAUAGUUAAAUGAGUUGAAGAAUUAUAUACAUUU